AACAUGCUCCGUCCAUCAGUGGCGGCCCCGCUGAUGUGGCGACGUUACCGCCCGCUAUCGAUUUUCCCGGUCACGCGAAUCCAACAGUUGUGCGUGGGCGCCAUCCCACCGACCGACGCCCGCCCUUGCUCGCUAUCCGAAAGUGAGACAGCGCCACCACCACCACCACCACCACCACCCAUCCACACAUCCAACACCCACGACCUACAAACGGGCCAGCCUCACACCCCUCUAGCCCUUCCUCGCCCGUGACGGGGCGCUCGCAGAUCAACCCUCUACCGACCCGAAUUUAUCUUAUAUAUUAUGCAGUGGGUAUUUCUGCGACGUAGACGUUUAUUACGCGUUUGAAGCCGCCUCGUUCUAGUCGAUUUCCUGCGAACAGUGACACAUUUCCGUCGACGGGAAAAACGAUAAUAUUUGGAAACAGAUACAUUCUAUAAAAUGAUUUCAAUUAUUACUGAGACUGAUCAUUUCGAGAAACUACGAAACUAUGGUUUAUUAUAUCUUUACAAACUAAAUCAUUUUCGCAAGAAUGAAAAAUUAUGUGAUAUUAUUUUGAGGACAAUAGACGGAGAUGAAAUACGUGCUCACAAAUGCGUGUUAACAACUUAUAGUGAAUAUUUCGAAAAAAUGUUUAAUGGGGGUUUCCUAGAGAGUAAUAAAGAAGUUGUCUUCAUUAAAGAUAUUAGCAAUGCUGUUUUGAAUGAUUUAAUCGAUUUUAUGUAUACUGGUAAAUUGGUUACAGUUAAUGGUGAUAAUGUUGAAGCAAUAUUAAACGGAGCUGAUAUCUUGCAAUUGACUGAAGUUCGACUUCAAUGCACUAAAUUCUUUAUGAGAACAUUAGUUGACAACAAUUGUUUAAUGAUUAAAGAUAUAGCUGAUUCAAGAGGGAUCACUGAAUUGUCACGGAAUUGUUUAGAACAUGCUCUAGCACGUUUUCACUUUGUAUCCAAAGAAAAAUCUUUUCUGGAUAUAGACAUAACACAACUAACAGAAUUGAUAAAGAACGAUAAUUUGAGUGUUCCAGAUGAAAAAUGUGUAUAUAUGGCUGUCAUGGCAUGGGUAAAACAUGAUGAAAGUGACCGAAAGCAUUUAUUACCAGAACUGCUGAAUCUUGUUAGGCUAGUAUUCGUUUCACAGGAUUAUUUGCUAAAAGUUAUUAAAGCAGAACCACUUAUUUCUUCUAAUCCUGAAUGUUUGAAGAUGAUCACAAAAGUAACCGAUCAUUUUAGUUAUAAAGAUGGAGAUUCGUUGUCAAAGAUAAUAACAAAUGUGAAACCAAGAAACAAUUUUAAGAAGUCCACAACCGAAUAUAUGGAUCUCCCACAUGCUGCAUGUCAAAUACCAGAUUGUGAAUUUAAAAAUGCAAUUAACCUUUUUGCUUACUUUGAUCAAUUCUAUAUUAAUACUCUUUUCACAAAAGUCGAAUGGAAUUUUGGAAUGAAUGAAGAAAAUUUUCUCAAAGAAUGGGACGAAGAAUGGAAAAGUGUGAAUCCCCCUAAUUCAUCUGACGAAUCUGAUAAGUCUGAUGAUCCUGGUGAAGAAAGAUCUCACGAUGAAUUUAUUUUUUAAUUUAAAUUAAAUUUUUUCUUCUUAAUAAAUAAACACAAAUAUUUGAUUUAAAAUUUAAAAUUUCAACUAAACAAUUAUUAUUCUACAAUAUAUUAUAUUGCCAUAAUAUGUGUAAUGAAUAAGUCUUGUAAUAUAGACUUUAUGCUCUUAUCGUAUCUGCCCAAAUAAAAUAUCUACUAUAUUAAUAAAUUUAUAAUAUAGCACUGAACCGGAUACCCAUAUAUCUCUUCUUAUGAAGGUUAUAUGUACAUAAAUAACUAUUAAUUUAUAUUGACAGUUUAAAUAAUUAAGUAUACUUAUUAAUUAUUAAUUAUUAUACAUUUAUACUUACCUAGUACACCUAGUACUUACUAUAAAUAUAAUCGUUUUUAUAGUUUAGCAAUUAUAUAAAUACACGGACCAAAAAGGCCAAUCACAUAGUAUGUAGCAUUGUUUUAAAGUUAUAAAAAAUAUUAUUAAGCUAUCUACGUAACAAAUUUUUAAUAGUUUAUCUAGGUCUAUAUUAAAUAUUGUAAAACAAAUUAUUAUUGUUUGUUCAGAUAUUUCUGAUAAAUUACCUACCUAUCUAACAAAGAUUCAUUUUAAUUUGUUUUUAAAUUAGUAUUUAAGUUCAGAAUGUUCGUUUAAAUACAUAACAUUCAUAAUUUAUAUAAUAUGCAUUAUUAUACAUUAAACAAUUUAUCAUCAUAGCAAAUAUUUUUAUUUUAUUAAGUUUAACAAUUAUAUACAUAAUAUAUACAUUUAUGUUAUUAAUAUAAUAUAAUUAAAAAUAUUUAAUUUUAAUAUCUAUUUUAAUUAAUAUAUAAUAUAAUAUAAUAUAAUAUAUCUUUAAAUUAUUAAAACAUUAAUUUUUUUAAGGUGUACCUGCUAUAGUCCUAAAUAGGUAUAUCAUUUAAGUAGUAUCAUGAAAAAAUAUUUUUUUUUUUUUUUUUGAAAAGUUUUAUCUGCACAAUAAAUAAUUAAUACAUGAAUACAAAUAAUAUCUUUAUCAUAUUGCAUUAUUUGUGUUAGGUACUUAUAUGGAUACCCAGUAAUCAUUUGUAUGAAAAAAUUGUUGCAUUUGCCAUUUACUAAUAUUAAAUUAUAAAAAUAUAAAAUAUACAUACUUGUCUACGAAUGUUA